AUGAGAACCAGCCUCCUCCUUGUGGCCAUUGCCACCAUCGUCCAUGUCAUUGUUAUGCCAACCACAGCAAUCCCCGGGGGCUGGUUUAAGAUCAAGAACAUCGCCGACCCGCACAUCCAAGAGCUUGGCAAGUGGGCAGUACUGGAGUACACCCAACUGGGGGGCAAUGAUGGGCUCAGGUUUGUGAAGGUGGUGAGUGGCGAUGAGCAGAUUGUGAAGGGUGUAAACUAUCGGCUCGUCAUUGACGCCUUGAGACUCGAUGGCUCACACGGUACAUACAAGGCAGUGUUGUUCGAGAAGGACUCGAGUAACCCAAAGACAUGGAAGUUCAUAUCGUUCACCCCUGCAAAUUGA